UGUUAUGCUGGAGGAAGGUGUUCCCUGGACAGUCCUGGAGACAGCAGCACUAUUUCUAGAGCAGAUUGCCUUGGUACUGCGUCCCUCCAUCCUGCUGCAAUGAGUGGGAAGUCCUUGCUCUUAAAGGUCAUUCUCCUUGGGGAUGGUGGAGUUGGGAAAAGUUCCCUCAUGAACCGGUACGUCACCAACAAGUUUGACUCGCAGGCUUUCCACACAAUUGGUGUGGAAUUCUUAAACCGGGACCUGGAGGUGGAUGGACGUUUUGUGACCCUCCAGAUUUGGGACACUGCGGGACAGGAGAGAUUCAAGAGCCUGCGAACCCCCUUUUACAGGGGAGCAGACUGCUGCCUGCUGACCUUCAGCGUGGAUGACCGGCAGAGCUUUGAGAACCUCAGUAACUGGCAGAAGGAGUUUGUCUAUUAUGCUGACGUGAAGGACCCUGAACACUUCCCAUUUGUAGUCCUGGGCAACAAGAUAGACAAGCUUGAGAGACAAGUGCGCACAGAGGAGGCCCAGGCCUGGUGCAUGGAAAAUGGUAACUAUCCAUACCUGGAGACUAGUGCCAAGGAUGACACCAAUGUGGCAGUGGCCUUUGAGGAGGCUGUGCGACAGGUGCUGGCGGUGGAGGAGCAGCUAGAGCACUGCAUGCUGGGCCACACCAUUGACCUGCACUCCAGCUCCAAGUCAGGGUCUUCCUGUUGUUAAGAGUGGCUGCUGCUUCAGGAAUGUCACUCGAGCCGGCGGCUGGAUCGGAAUAAGUACAGGCAGCUCUGGGGCACUCUGAGGAGAGUGGCUGCAAGGACAAUAGGUGGCUUGCUACUGGAGAGUUGCAGCCUCACCAUCUGAAUUCUGGCUGGAGUCUUCAGGCACAAAGGAUAUAUCUGCAGGAGGGAGCUGUCAAAAGAGCAUGUGAACGUAGUCCUGCUUCCAUCUCUGCCUCUUUUAGCAGGUUUAAAGGACUGGAUUAAAGUCCUUUAAAUUCACUAAAGACAGUGAAUGCUGAUCUGUACCAAGAACUGCCUCCUGAACAAAGCUGAGAGCGCUCUAGACACUCUUUGAAGUAUUUUAGUCCUGAACUCAAAAAAAAAUACUAGACCCACUAAACUCAUGACCUUACUGCCAAAGGAAAGUUUGCUCAGCAUACUGAAAGAAACCUGUUGUAGAGACUCUAGCCCACACGACUGUGAGAAUGCCAAAUACUAGAGUGGCUGAGAUAUAUGUCUAUCUGUUGUUUGGGAUAAGUGCAUUGUCCUGAGACUGAAUUGUGCUGAGAAUUGUUAGAGCUCUGAUCUGAAGCAACAUACAAAGGAGAGAUGGACCUGUGUUUGAAUGUGGCAACAUCGCUUCUUUGUAGCUGCCUAUUUCUGAUCUGUUUUUCCUCACCUCUAACUUUGUCUUGUGUGACUGUUAUUUUGUGGAGAGACUGUCUGCUUCUUGUUUAAUAUAUGUUUCCUUGUCUCUUCUGGAGGCUCAACGCCGAAUCUUGCUUCUCAUACCUUGAAGGCCUGGAUAAAAAAUACCGAUGUGGACACUUGCCGGGUCAUGUCAAAGGGUUUAGAGUUACUCAGGAGUUCAGGAGAUCUGGAGCGUGAAACUUCAGCUGGUUUCUGUCACAGGUAAUUGCCGUGUCCAGAUGAUAUGCUCUAGCAGACCGGAUGGUAGGUGGGUGGGAUAUCUCCUAGGUGUGCAGGUGGCUGGGAGAGUCAUGUGGUCAGCUGUUAAAUCCACUCACUCGGUGUGCGGGGCUGGUGACCGCUGUGCUUCAUUAGCUGGCGGACCAGCAUCUUCAGUUGCUUUAGCAUGGACGUUCCCAUCUGGAUGCUGCAACAUAGGGCCAUUCACUUUAUUACCUGUUGUGUCAGGUGCAGUGCUGCUGAGCACAGUUAACUCAUGCCGUUGUCCUGGCCCUUACUCCCUAAUGGGGAGUCCAGUACGUUUUAUCUAUAAUUCAUCUGACAGACUUUACUGGUAGUCCACUCAGUUAACUGGCCUUUGUUAAUGGCUGCUGUGUUCAGUACAUUGGGGAGACAGCUGCACUGGUUCCACCUCUGUUCAAGGUGGCUGAAAAAUGGUAUGGGAGGGGGGCAGGGAACCUUCUAGAAAAGGACACUAGGCUUUGCUGAUUGCAGUUCCUGCACCCUGCUAGGUGUUAGUCCCAAGCUAUCUGUGUAGCAGAGAGAUGAGUGCUUGCUGACUGCUGUCUUUACCAUUAUAACCUCAUGUCCUGCAACUUCCCAUGCAAGCAUUUGCCCAAAACUAUGACUUUGCCCAUAAGCACAUAGCAGCCUGCCAUGGGGAGAGCUUCCCCGAGUACGUAUCCGCUAGCUGCUGAAUGCGAUUCCCACUGUGAUGAGCUACUGGAUGGUAAAUUUUGUAGCUCAAAUCGAGCAGCCUCACUUACGCUGUGCUUUAGAGCAGGGUAAUCUCUGCCCUUGUGCUGGCUGGUGGCAGCUAAUCCCCAUCGCCGAGCGGUCUUUGAGCAUGUGGGGAGUCUCCUCUGGCGGAACUUGGGGUGAUCCUGCCCAUCUCUGCAGGGCAGCCACAUAUGGAAGGGACUGAAGCUUUACUGCAAAGUGCUUUAGAGGGAUCUGAUUUCUAAACAGGGCUGGACACUCAUAUUCAUGGGGAUAGAUAGGGAGUGCUUGCAGUCUCUGGAAAACCAGGUCCCUUGAGGUAUAGGAGAAGGCUCUGCCUCUGUAGGUGCAACAGAUUUUUACAGGAUAUUAAAGUUAUUGUUACUGUUUGUUUACCGAUGUCUGACCUCCCCAGGCCUCGAUUUUUCUUCAGUUUAACACUGCUUGAUAUUUCCUUCAAGAUCCCAGACUGUGACCUAUGGUUCCGAUUUACGUCUCUGAACAGACACGUUCCCCUGGUGCUGGUUUGUGCAGGGGCCCCGGGGCCGGAGCAGGCUCAGGCCCUUGUGCACUGCCUGGCCCCCCCAGAGGGGCUGCUGAGGGAGCUCCCUGCAGGUGAAACUGCAGCUUCACCAGCUUGGGUCUCAUGGGAUCUGGGUAAGGACUAGCACCUCCUGUGGGAGAGGGCAGAGACUGAACAAGCCACGGUGUAGAAGGCAAGGGUGCAGCAUGCUGUUUGCAGUACCCUGGGUGUGUGUUGAUGCUGAUAGCUGAAGCUCAAGAGCCUCAUUGUGCACAGGCUGAGCAGACGGUAUGUAUUGCCAGAGGGUGUUACACACAUCUUUUAUUCCUAACAGACAUUGGAUUAUUGACUAUAAAAAAUAAAAGCUAUUUUAUUAGGCUUAUGUGUUUUAAAAAUCCAUUUAAAAAAGUAUAGUAUAAUAUUUAAAUUGUUUAAUUUAUUUUAAAUGAUACGCACAAUUUCCAAAGGAGCUAGGAUUUUGAACUCUUUCUUGCAAAGGUCAGUGCCAACAGCCAUCCCCUCCCUGUGUCCACUCAUGUUGCUGUGGUUGUUGCUAUUGCUACAGAACUGGAAUUGUAAAACCGAGAUUCUACCUUUAUUUAAGCAAAUAAAACGUGGAU